GACCAGUGUUGCGAAGGUUUGUGCUGGCGCUGGCCUUAGCUUGGCGGCGCCUCCGUCGCUGCCCCUGGCGCUCUCCGCGCGCCAGGGAGGGGGGGGGGACCGUCGCCGAUCCAAUACAUUAGCGUCGGCCUCCGAACAUUCUUUGUGCUGUUUGCGACUGAGGGUGGCGUGGCCCCCGGACUCCCCAGCACGAUAUGCGAGAUGGACAGCAAGCUGGCGUGUGCGAGAUGGACAGCAAGCUGGCAAAAUAGCGCUGAAAAAAAAAACAUUCUUUGGGCUGUAUCUGUCCUUCUUCUCAGGAGAUGCCCUGGUGCUACACGAUGGACACCAGCGAUGAGCACAAGAUCGAGACGUGCGCCAUCCCGGAGUGCCCCGCGGAGGCCCGCGACUUUGCCGACGAGGCCGCGACGCUCGCGACCGCCAUCUCGGCCACGGACUGCGAGUGCGCGGACCAGCUCUACGGCAGCUCCAAGACCACGGCCGACACCUCGGUCGCCCUCAACCAGGGCAACAAGACGGUCGUCAAGCAUGGCAAAUGCAGGUGCACCAAGAGGGUCCUCAAGGCGUCGGCGAUCCGUGUUCGAAACACAACAGGCGCCAAAAUCUGCCUGGCCAGCGAGCUGUACACGAACACCUACACAGAUACUGGCAGCGGGGUGACGGCCUGGGCCGAGUCCACCGCGGCCCCUGACAUCUGCCACCAUGCCGACGGCACCGCUGGGUUCAAGCUCUGCGGCCCCGCCACCUUGGAGGUGUUCACGGGCAGCAACUGCGACGGGGCGGGCGAGACGGUGGUCCACACCGUCAGCAACACGACCGCGGCAGAUUGCAGCGAAGUCUCGAAGCCCUCCGGGGGCUACUGGAACAGUUUCAAGUACAUCUGCGGGAUGGGCAACCGCUGAGCGUCGCUGGUGGUUGGCGGUCCGCCGCAGGGGAUGGCGCGAACGAGGACCUCAGGCAGCAACGAAGCGCCCGCCCCGACCCGCCUCCGGCAGAGCACCGGCAAUGAACCUCGCGCCGCUGCUGUGCCUGGCCCUUGCCGUCGUCCCCGAUGGUGCCCUGGCGGCCCGCAUGCGCGCGAAGAAGGCGGAGCCGUUGGGCGAGUUCGACACCAGUUGCUACAUGGCGGAUGACAAGGGCGAGAGCUACCGCGGGCUGGUCACGACAACGUUCAGCGGGCGAACUUGCCAGAAGUGGACCGCGCAGAAACCCUGGGCCAUCACCCUGACCCUGACGAGCGGCGGCCUGGGCAACCACAACUACUGCCGCAACCCGGACGGGUCGCAGGAGAUGCCCUGGUGCUACACGAUGGACACCUCAGACGAGCACAAGAUCGAGACGUGCUCCAUCCCAGAGUGCCCGGCGGAGGCCCGCGACUUCGCCGACGAGGCCGCGACGCUCGCGACCGCCAUCUCGGCCACGGACUGCGAGUGCGCGGACCAGCUGUACGGCAGCUCCAAGACCACGGCCGACACCUCGGUCGCCCUCAACCAGGGCAACAAGACGGUCGCCAAGCACGGCAAGUGCAGGUGCAAAGGUAGCGUCCACAAGGCGUCGGCGAUCAGCGUGGGAAACACGACGGCCGUCAAAAUUUGCCUGGCCAGCGAGCUGUACACGAACACCUACACGGACACCGGUAGCGGGGUGACGGCCUGGGCAGAGUCCAGCGCGGCCCCGGACACGUGCCACCACGCCGACGGAACCGCCGGCUUCAAGCUCUGCGGCCCUGCCACUCUGGAGGUGUUCACGGGCAGCAACUGCGACGGGGCCGGCGAUACGGGCCUCAAACGGAUCGAAGACGCCUACGGCGAAUCACCGCCGCCCCCUACCAUGGCUGGAAAGCCUUACCCCUCAGGCGAGACGGUGGUCCACAACGUCACCAACACGACCGCGGCAGACUGCAGCGAGGUCUCGAAGCCCUCUGGGGGCUACUGGAACAGCUUCAAGUACGUUUGCGGGAUGGGCAACCGCUGAGCGUCGCCGGCGGUUGGCGGUACGCCGCAGGGCAUGACGCGACGGGAGACGGAAGAAGGUUAGCUAUGUUCGAUCCUCGU